GCAGCGCUGGGUUUCAAAGAAUGAGCACAGGGAAUGGUAUUUGUCAGAUUAGGUUAGCUUAGGAAACUGACACUUCUGAAAAUAUUGAAGCUCAAAUAAAAGUAUAACUUGAAUGAGACGGAUGAGAUGGAAAUCUCUGCGUUGACACCGGUAUAGAGAACCAAUGAGAGUUUGACAUACUGCUUCAAUUGAGAAGAAAGAAAGAUGGCGGAUCCGUCAACAACAAUAGCUCAUCUAGCUAAACUAGGUACAUCAAUAGUCUGUAUGAAAUACUUUGAUGAGCCCUACUCAAUCCUUGUGAGCCACAAUCAAUGGGCAACUAGAGCAUUUCAAAUUUUGUUCUUUCACUCGCUCAUUGGGGUCUUUCGUUUUGGUAAUCCAAGUGCUUCGGAACACCUACGAGGAUUCUACACAUGGUUUUCAAAACUUUCAAGCACUUUACCAUUUGCCCUGAUUGUUACGGAAAUUCUUUACUGGAACAAAACCAGCGAACAAAUAACUCUCACAUUGUUGAUACUCACGCUAUUUCCAAUCGUAUAUGAGUCGAGAUCAAAGGAGAGAGCAAGGCGCCACUUAGCUGAUGUCUCAGUUGGCUUAAACUUAUGUGCUCUUAUUUAUGUCUCAGUCAAUAACGAGAAUUACAGCGCAAUCAGUCUGGUUGUGUCAUAUGCCUUUACGCAUUUCUUCCUAGAAGAGGUUUCUGAUAAAUAUGAUGUACCUCACAGAGACCUUCUUCAAUAUGCGCUAUGUUUUAUGGAAAUUUUUUCUGUUUUUACUCUAAGAGAUCUUCAGGUUGGUAACUAAUCAGUUUUUUUUUUUACCAACGUUAUUUUCAGAAGUAAAAUGUUUGAAAAAUAUGCAGAAAGCUUCAAAGAUUGAAGGAUCUACUUAACAAAAAAGCAUGCCAAUUAAAUGGUCUAUUUUUCGGUCAAUUGCAAAGUUCACUGGCCUAAUUGUUGUGAGAACUUCCAAGGUUUAUUGGAUUCUCCAUUCUUAAUUAUCAUUACUUUAUUUUAUUUUUUCAAACCCUUUGAAUAAACCAACACUACUCAUUACCCGAACAAAUAUACAAAAUGAAACCUGUAUUUAUACAAUAAAUCAUAUCACACAAACCCGUUAAAGUUUAAUAUAACAAUAUAUUUCUAAUAAUGUAUUUACAAACGUUGUACCCAAAUAAAAAAAAAAAUAAAAAAAAAAACAAUUUAA